AUGGUGGAACCGCUCUCCGGGGCAACGGGGCGCUGCAGGUCGGGAGCGGCGGCUGCUGCGGCGGAAUCACUUGGAAUCUCCCGCGAAAAAAUUGGCGGGAAAAUACUGGCUACGCGACACCAAGGAACGCCCUCCCCCCCGCCCAUUACAUUCGCACAUGCGCGCUGUUGUGGCCAGGUAGAAACCCCCCCCGCGAGCAAAAUAUCGGGGGGGGGCUUGGCGCAUGCGCCCUGGGCACUCCACCCAGCCAGAGAGCGGGCUUUCGGGUGGCCGGUGGUGCUGCGAGUGGCCCGGGGGGGGAAGGAAGCGCCCUUAAGCGCCGUGCUCACCUGCCCGCUUCCCCCUCUGAAGGAAGAGGCAGGUGCAGCAGCUGCUGGUUGGCGUUUCCCCCUUUGCUGUAGAGCCCAGGCAGACGAAAUCUUCCAGCAGCUCGAAAAGGAAGUGGAGUACUUUGAAGGUGAAUUCACCAAGCUACACAUCUUUGGGAAGUGGCACGAAAUCCCGAGGAAGCAGGUGACCUACGGGGAUGCUGGGUUCACCUACACUUACUCUGGUGUCACCUUUUCCCCCAAGCCCUGGAUUCCAAUUCUGAAUCGCAUCAGGGACCGUGUCCAGCUGGUCACCACGCACACCUUCAACUUCAUUUUGAUAAACAGGUAUAAAGAUGGGCACGACCACAUCGGAGAGCACAGGGAUGACGAGAGGGAACUGGUUCCCCACAGCCCCAUUGCCUCCGUGUCCUUCGGUGCCUGCAGGGACUUCAUCUUCCGCCAUGGGGCUUCUCGGGGCAAAAUCGCCUCUCGCCGAAUCGCACCUGUCAAGUUGCAGUUGGAUCAUGGCAGUCUGCUAAUGAUGAACUUCCCCACCAAUCACUACUGGUACCACAGCCUGCCCAGCCGCAAGAAAGUGCUGGCACCCAGAAUCAACCUGACCUUUCGGAAAGUUAGGACUCUUUAGCUUCCAGAGGCAGGGGAAAGGGGGGGUGUCGGGGGGGAAGGGAAGCAUCUUUCCACCCUUUCCCUUUUGGGUGCUUGAAGGACAAACACCCCCCCCCCCUUGUUUCUCACAGGCUGUAGCCUGGGUUUACAGCUCCCUUUUCUUGAAACCUAUCUGGACUGGGCUGUUGUAAUCACAGGCUCUGCACAACCUGAUGCAGCCUCUGGAUCCUCUAACCAAGCCGUAUUUGUGGCUCUGGUUUGCCUCGGAUUCACUCCCUCCCUAAUCAGCCAGUCACACUUGAUCCUGGAAGGCUGUGUGAACCUGGCCUGUGGCACAAAGUAUCCUGUGAACCAAGAAAAUUGGGUUAACUGAAUAAACCAGACUUCGGUUAACUAUGGGGGGGGGGGGGGGGGGCUGCACAAACGUAAUCUCUGGCUCAGUGCAUGUUCAAUCUGCUUGCUGCUUAAGGAGCUGAUCAAGAUUCAUGACACUUCUCUAAGCAGGGAGGCAUCACUGUCCUAUUUCUAGGAAAGUGUCUCUACACCAAGGUCUCCCCAAAUGCAGGCCUGUUUCUGUCCAGGGAAUCCCGCAGCUUGGAGUUAAGGAGGAACCUGGGCCUUCCCAGGGCCUAUCUGCGCCUUGCCCCACUCCUUUCCAUUUGAGCAAACUUGAGUAGAGGUGACUUUGCAAGCAGCAGCAUGCCUGAGGUGCACAAACUCUACUGUUUUGUGUCUUUUAAUACCCUGAAAUAAAUAAAAAGUGAUCCUUUGUUUCCUA